AUGGAAGUUAUUUCUGUAGAAGAAUCACAACAACAAUCAUCAGCAAAACGUAAAAAAAUGGACAAUGAAGCUGAGUCCGAUUCGUCAAACUCCAGAAAUGUUCAGAUGAGCAAUUAUGCGUUGAAAGUGGCUGAAAAGCAGUAUUUGGACGCAGCAACGGCCGAUGUGUAUUUUCAAUGUGGACCGGAACGCGAACGUAUUGCAGCGCAUAAAAGUGUAUUAUCCAGAGCAAAAUUACGUGAAGAGUACCACAAGUCAAAAGAAGAAGAAGCAGAGGUAGAAAAAGGUGAAAGAAACGCUGAAGAGCUCGAAAAAUUCAACGAAACUGACAUAAAAUUACCGUCGACAUCGCCCGAAGCAAUGAAGGACUUUCUGCAAUUCUGUUACAAGGGAAAGGUGAACUUAAAAAUGGAAAACAUCACUGAAGUGAUGGGCCUGUUGGACGAGUAUCAAAUGUUUGAAUGUUUAGAAGUGUGUGGCAAGUACAUGGAGCAACAUUUGACCAUUGAAGACAUCUGUUGGGCAUAUAAUUGGUCAAUUCACUAUAAUAUCGACAGCUUGAAACAGUUUUGUGAGCGAAAAAUCAGCGCUUGUCCGGAAACAGUGUUCAAAACCAAAGGAUUUCUUACGUGCGAGUACAAUAUCUUGGAACGCAUUGUGAAGUUGGAGUCACUUACAUGUUUUGAAAUAUCCAUACUGGAGGCUUGCUUAGAUUGGUCUCGAAAUGCAUGCGAACGAAAUGGUUCGGAUGCGGCUCAAACAAAAAAUAUACGGAGUUACCUGAAGAAUUCACUCUAUGAAAUCCGUUACGGUUCAAUUGACGGCAAAGACUUUAUUAAAUUCAUUAAUAAGUAUCCUAGACUUUUUACAGAUCCAGAAGAUUAUGAAGAAAUAUUUCGCUUAACAUGUGGCCAGAAGGACCUAAAAACUGAUCGUUUUAAACUUUUGCUACGAUCAGCAAACAUUUUCCCAUGGGAGCCAACAAAGGUGUUGGAUUGUAAUCUAAGAGGAAGUUCACAGCAUACGCAAAAUCUAUUUUCAUCGGGAAUUUCGACUGUUUUUACAUCGAACCAGCCAUUGCUUUUGGGCGGUUUCAAAU